AUGACUACCAUGGAUUUGCGUGUCGGUAACAAGUACCGCAUCGGCCGCAAGAUCGGAAGUGGUUCUUUCGGUGAUAUUUACCUUGGAACCAACAUCAUCUCUGGUGAAGAGAUUGCCAUCAAGCUUGAGAGCGUCAAGGCGAAGCACCCUCAGCUCGAGUAUGAGGCCCGUGUCUACAAGUCUCUUGCCGGUGGUGUCGGUAUUCCCUUCGUCCGCUGGUUCGGUACUGAGUGCGACUACAAUGCCAUGGUCAUCGAUCUGCUCGGUCCCAGUCUGGAGGACCUCUUCAACUUCUGUAACCGCAAGUUCUCGCUCAAGACCGUUCUCCUUCUCGCCGAUCAGUUGAUUUCCCGUAUCGAAUACAUCCACGCUAAAUCAUUCAUUCACCGUGAUAUCAAGCCCGACAACUUCCUCAUGGGUAUCGGUAAGCGCGGUAACCAGGUUAAUGUGAUCGAUUUCGGUCUGGCCAAGAAGUACCGUGACCCCAAGACUCACUUCCACAUUCCUUACCGUGAGAACAAGAACCUCACUGGUACUGCCCGUUACGCCAGUAUUAACACCCACUUGGGCGUUGAGCAGUCUCGUCGUGAUGAUAUGGAGUCUCUUGGAUACGUUAUGCUCUACUUCUGCCGUGGCUCUCUUCCCUGGCAAGGUCUGAAGGCUGCUACCAAGAAGCAGAAGUACGACCGUAUUAUGGAGAAGAAGAUGACUACCCCCACUGAAGUUCUUUGCCGUGGUUUCCCCAACGAGUUCGCCAUCUACCUCAACUACACCCGCUCGCUCCGCUUUGACGACAAGCCCGACUACUCCUACCUUCGCAAGAUCUUCCGUGACCUGUUCGUCCGCGAGUCCUUCCAGUACGACUACGUCUUCGACUGGACCGUCUACAAGUACCAGAAGAACGCCGCUAUGAUUGUUGACGCCAGCAAGAAGGACAAGGAUGACGAACAGACCCGCCGCCAGGCCGCUGCUGCGGCUGCCAUGCCUAGUGCUGCUGCCGCCAAGCCCAGCGCCAUCUCGGGCCAGCGCCGCAAGGUCAUCGACCGUGGCACCCUCGACAACACUCCGGACACCAACCGUGCCGUGGGAGGGAGUGACAGGAUGUGA